AGAACAGUUCACUCCUUCCUCCUGCGUCCACAAAGCUCUAGAGUCAGCCUUGAUGACUAGUUCAGUAGUUGUUAGACGACUGAAAUCCCUGGGGUAGUAUAGCAGACAGUCGUUUCCAGUGAGGCAAGGUUUAUUCCUCCCGAGUCCAGUUGCGAGUAGCGAUCGCUUCAGUACACCUUUCCUCUCUCACCGUUUCGUUGGCGUUGGGCCGCUAUUUCGGCAUGGACUCCUCUCGGAACUUCGCGAUCUCUAUUUUCAUCGCUACGCUACUUGUCGGUGAAGUUGUGUACCCGAUUGCUGGUGCAGCACUUCCAAAGGACCUCUCACCACUUGCCUGGUUGAAGUACCACGCUCUACGCAUCAGCAAUGCCGCACAUGGGAGGGUGCAACGGCAGGUGGACGUUGAUGACAGCCCUGGGCCUGAUGACGGACCGUCUGUAGAUCAAAUUGACUCGGCAACGCAAGCUGUGGCGGUCGAUGUGCCUAGCUCCACGGCGGUGAGUCCUGACAACAGCUCUACGCCAGAGAGGGAUGGGAGCAGCAUCGCCAGUGUAACAGAGCUGACUAAGUCCAUGACAGAAGCUGUGACAGAUAGCCCGAGCACCUUGGCUGCAAUGUGGCGUGAUCGUUUCCCUAUAAACACGCGCUUGCGACCGGAUGAGUACAGGACAUACAACAAGUUUGCGAAUCAACUCGAUCUCACCAACAUCGAGCAGUGGGUUGCCGAACAGUGUGUAAUACUGCUGUCAGCCAUCGAUCAGUGUCCACAGCAAUGUGUCGUUAAUUUGGAGCACCCUGACUGCCGGAGUUGUAAGGAGUACUGCCUUCCUGAGAGACGAAGGAAUGUGCUCUGGUAUUGGGGCAAACAUCCUGGAACACCAUUCCAUAGACGGGCUGCUGAACAUCUACCUACAGCACCACCACGUCCAGAGAACGUCACACAGCCGUAUUUUGACGAGUGGGAGCUCUUCAUGCUGGUGCUGGCAGUCCUGAUGUAGUGGGUUUGUUAACUGGGAGGUAAGCUGGUCCAAAAGCUGGAGCUGUGUCUCACUAUCUUCUUUCUCAUUAGGUGUGUUUGUGUUUUUCUGUGUAUGUGGGUGUCUGUGUGUCAGCAUGCAGUCAACAGGUUAUGUAUGUGUUUCUGUGUGUAGUCUCCCUGACAUGCACAUACACACUGGGAGGGAAAUGCUUACUCUGCGUAUCACUUGUUCCAUUCUGAACUGAUUCUUGCACUACUGUUGAAUGAGGUAGAAACGCUUGCUCAGUACAUAUCUCUGUUACUGUUAGCUAUACCACCGUAUGAUGUAGCCGUUCCCAUUUCACUAUUUUUUUAGAGUGGUUUCUUUGAAUGCGCUGAUGGCAGAACACUGUCUGCUUGGUUGCAUGAAUCGCCGCUUGCGAAGUUGUGAUGCAUGGCACGUUAAUUUACGUUGGACCUCUUAGUUAUCUUUGCCUUGCUUUGGGUUUACGUGCAUUACCAAGUUAUCUUCCCUGGCUUUGGGUUUUAAUGCAUUACCAAGUUUUCUUGCCUCGCUUUGGGUUUGCAAGCAUUACGACCUACUCUACAUCGUAACUAAUGUGAUUGUGUUGCGGAAGCUGAA